AUGAAACUUGAUUUUGCACCGAAAAUCAUCAUGAGCGAUUUUGAGUCAGCUCUUAUGGAUGUAGUUAAAACUGAGUUUAUUGCAGCAAGUCAUUCCUCUUGCUAUUUCCACUUUACUCAAGCUAUAUACCGUAAUAUACAACCACUUGGACUAUAUACAAUAUAUAACAAUGAUGAUGAUGAUGUUAAACAUUUUUGGAGACAGCUAAUGGCUCUUCCAUCAUUACCUGAACCUGUUAUUGAAGACACUUAUGAUGAAUUAGUACGAGAUUUAUCAACUAAUAUGAGCAAAACAAUGAAGCAUUUACUAGAAUAUUUUCAAGAACAAUGGUUCGUCAAGGUUCCUGUAUCUCAGUGGUGUGCUCAUGGUUUGUCAAUCAGAACGAACAACAACGCCGAAGGUACACAUUUCUUUCCAUUUCCCUUGAAAAUUCAUACUAUCAUAUUCUUUUUUGCAUUUCACACUCGUUUUAAUCGUCAAGUUCUAGUUCAUUAUCCAAAUAUCUGA